AUGCUGACUUCAUCCACCAAUUCGUCCCGAGCCGCGGUGCGCUCGAUGGCCUCAUUGACACAUGCAGCGACUCGUACCACCUCGAAGAACGCCCCCGCAGCUGCCCGCAAUGCUCUGGCUUUCGCUGCCCGCUCCCCCGCUUCGUUCAGUAGCCGUCGGGCGCUGAGCUCCAAUACCCGUUCUCUCCUUCAAUUCCCCCGCCUUCAGUCCAUUCAAUCCAUCUCCAACAAGAGAGCUUUUGGCACAACUGUCAGGAUGGCUUCUGCUACACGAACCGAAUCCGAUGCCUUCGGUGAAAUUCAGGUCCCUGCGGACAAGUACUGGGGAGCCCAGACCCAGCGCUCCCUGACCAACUUCGACAUCAACCAGCCCCAGGACCGCAUGCCGGCGCCUGUGGUCAAGGCCUUCGGUAUCCUGAAGGCUGCUGCUGCUGAGGUCAACAUGCGCUAUGGUCUUGACCCCAAGAUCGGUGAGGCCAUCAAGCAGGCUGCCGGUGAGGUGGCCGAGGGCAAGUUGAUGGACCAUUUCCCUCUGGUUGUCUGGCAAACCGGUUCCGGCACCCAGUCCAACAUGAACGCCAACGAGGUCAUCUCAAACCGUGCCAUUGAGAUCCUUGGCGGUACCAUGGGCACCAAGAAGCCCGUCCACCCCAACGACCACGUUAACAUGUCCGCCUCUUCCAACGACUCUUUCCCCACUGCCAUGCAUAUCGCUGCCGUCCUCGAGCUCGAGAGCACUCUGCUGCCUUCCCUGCGCAGUCUUCGCAACGCUCUCCAGAAGAAGGUCGAAAAGUUCGACAAGAUCAUCAAGAUCGGUCGUACUCAUCUGCAGGACGCCACCCCCCUGACUCUCGGCCAGGAGUUCUCUGGCUACGUCGCUCAGCUGGACCGCAACAUCGAGCGCGUUGAGGCUUCCCUCCCCCACCUCCGCUACCUUGCCCAGGGUGGUACCGCCGUCGGAACUGGUCUGAACACCUUCAAGGGUUUCGCUGAGGGUAUUGCUGAGGAGGUCACCAAGCUGACCGGCACGGAGUUCAAGACCGCCCCCAACAAGUUCGAGGUUCUUGCCGCCCACGACUCCAUUGUUGAGGCCUCCGGCUCCCUCAACACCUUGGCUUGCUCUCUCUUCAAAAUCGCCCAGGACAUCCGUUACCUCGGAUCUGGACCUCGCUGCGGUCUCGGAGAGCUGAUUCUGCCCGAAAACGAGCCCGGUUCCUCGAUCAUGCCUGGCAAGGUCAACCCCACGCAGUGCGAGUCCCUUACCAUGGUCUGCUCCCAGGUCAUGGGCAACCACGUUGCGGCUACCGUUGGUGGCAUGAACGGCCAGUUCGAACUGAACGUCUUCAAGCCUCUGAUGAUCCGCAACCUGCUGCACAGCGUGCGCAUUCUCUCCGAUGGCAUGAAGAGCUUCGAGAAGCACCUUGUCGAAGGCCUCGAGGCUAACGAGCCCAGAAUCAACACUCUCCUCCACGAGAGUUUGAUGCUUGUUACCUGCCUGAACCCCGUCAUCGGUUACGACAUGGCCUCUAAGGUCGCCAAGAACGCUCACAAGAAGGGCAUCACCCUUAAGGAGAGUGCCAUGGAGCUCAAGGCUCUGAGCGAGGAGGACUUUGAUAAGCAUGUUCGCCCCGAGCUGAUGCUGAGCCCCAAGGAGAAGAAAUAGAGGUAUGAAAAGCUGUUUGGGUGGCCGGAGCUAUGAUUUAAGGUCUUGGUUAUCUUAGAGCGCUGUAAGGUAGCG